GUUCGUAUUUAUGUCCUAUUCUUGUUCAUUUGGACAAUCAAUUGUUUAAAUAGAAACCACACUAAUGAAUCAUCUACUAUCACUACCACCACCACAGUUGAUAAAACCACCGGAUCAACAGGAUCAAGAAUGGAUGAUUUUAGGAAACACCUUCUCAGUUUCGUAGUUGGAAUUAUGAUCAUAGCCUUAAACUUUACCUGUUUUUGUUUAAUCUAUUGUAAUUACAUGAUCAAGGAGGUCCCAUCACCAGAAGGGCUCAACAAAGAAAAUAUGGCAGCUAUAUCAUCCUGGGUACCCAAAGUAUCAGCUUGUCAACCUGAUAUGAUACCUGAGGACAUUCUACAAACUCAACCUGUGCUAUUAAAUUAAGACCAGACAUCUAGGCCCUCAUGUCAAGAAAAACCAUCUGUAUCAAACAGUGCAGUAAAAUCAAUUUAGCCUUCAAGUCUAGAAAAGCCAUGCAUGCCAUCCAAUGCACAAAGACCAGCGAGAUACUCAAAUACAGAUAAGUCAUCCAUACAAUGCACUGUAAAAAAGUCAAGUACAAUUAGAUUUGAAAGGCCAACCAAGUCAUCAAGCUGCCAAAGAUUACAUAAGUCACAUUACCUGGAAAAGUCAUAUAAGAAACACAACCUUAAAAAAUCAUACAAACUCACCCACAGCUGUAAAUUAGCUAGUCAAGUCAAUUCAUCCAAUUCAAAGAAGCAAGUCAUACCACCAUGGCUAGCUAUUUUGCAAUCUUCAAAUAUGCUAGCCACACAGUCUUGUCCAUCAGUCUCACAUAAUCAAAUCCUGUCCACCAAACCCUCCAGUAUAAAGAAACCGAACCAGUCACAUGGACACCAUGAUCUGAAAAAGCCAGUGAGUACAGGAAAGGCUGUGUUACCCAGGGGGCAUCUAUCAGACAAAGUUUGCUGUUAUUAUCAGGAAAAAUGCCUUAUUUGUAAUACUUCUGGACUUCUCAGUGAUCUUUUGGGGCCAAAUAAGGAACAGGUUGGAAAUCCUCAUGUUUCAAGGAAAAUGAAGCCAUCUCCCAAGUCUUUUUAUGAAACAGAUCAUAAGUACAGUACAAUUUAUCAAGACAAUGAGAGCAAUGAUACUAUGAAAUCACAGGAUAGUGAAAAUAGUGAUGCAGAGAUAGUCAUUUAUUUGUGA